AACAUCUAGUAGAAAACGCUGAAAAAGAAACAGUAUGAGGAGGAGUGGAGAGGAUAAAAGUACCGCCCUGUUACUAUGUGACAGGCAAGUGGCCAUGGCUUUCUCUAUGCCUAUAUUACCUGAAUAAGUCAACAAAGAUCAUCAGAUAAGGCAGCCGGGUGUGACAAGUCGUACAAAACACCCAUUGAUUUUAUAGAAGCGUCCGCCUUAAUGGAUGUGCAAUACUGAGAGGUUUUUCUGUUCUGGACAUCAGGCAGCUACUGGAGGAAGCUCACCAUAGAAUACACCUCAAUCAGAGCAUCCGUUACUCCGUUACAAAAUGACGACAUCAACAAUGAUUGCAAACUUCACUCAGGAUUGGGUGGACAUCCUGCAAAGGUGGCAUCUAGAAUUCUUUUUCAUCCCCACCACAGUCAUCACUCUGGCCACCCUGAUAACCAACCCACUUCUCCUAGUGUGCAUUUUUCUGUCCCGCGCCUUGCGUCAGGAGACGCGUUACCUCCUGGUGGCCAACACCCUGGUAGCAGACAUACUCUUUCUCAUCCUCAACCUGAUCACAAUGAUCUGUAACACUAUGAGAGCUCAAUUACCCUGGAUGGUUUGUGAGCUGGUCACAGCCGUUACUGUCACCACCUACUGCUGUGCCAUCCUCACUGUCACCCUCAUGGUGGCGGACACCUACGCUGCGGUUCGCUGGCCUCUCCAUUACCAUGAACGUCUUCCACCUGUCCGCACCCAUCGCAUUCUGCUUGGUGUGUGGGUGCUGGCGGCCAUGUACCCUUUCACCCUGGUGAUCAUGAUGGAGGUUCAGGGGAGAAGAGGUGCAGAUGAGGUCACUGUAUGUCUGGUCCUCAUCUCCCUUGGCUUCUUUCGUUUCCAGGAUCCGAUGGGGAUCAGUAUCUACUUCUUUGUAGCUGCACUUAUCUGUGCCACGCUCAUUUUUUACUGCUAUAUUCGCCUCUACAUGGUGACAAAGACCCAAGGAAUCUGGCAGAGCCGCUUCUCCAGGGCUCGGGUCACACUGCUGGCUCAUGGGGUCCUGCUUCUGCUGUACUUUCUUCCUGGCUUUGUCUUUGCCAUAGAGCUCUUCCUGUUCCAAAGGACAGACAUAACCCUAGAUGUCCGUGUGUGGGUCAGCACAGUCAAUAUGUGUAUUUUAAUGUUGCUGCCCAGGGCCUUUGCUCCAUACCUGUAUGGGCUGAGGUACAGGGAGAUCUCUGAUACACUUAUGCAGCUGCUGCACCGGCAGAAGAGACUGAGCCGGGUCACAGAUUCAUAAAUUUGAAUUGUCUAUAUGUCUAUGUACAUUUUUCUAUAGUGGAAUUACUUGUGAUUUACACAUUUGUCAUGCUUUCUCAGUUGUCGUCAGAAACAAAUAAAGAUGCAGCUACAAGGGUACCCAGCUUAGAUUAGAU